GAAGGGAGCGAAGGAAACCAUCCACAGCAAUGGCUGGCUGGCUGAGUAGCUGGCGCGUUCAAGUUGAACACGUUCUGGCAAAGGCGCGCAGCCGCAGUUGUAAAGGGAUAUGCGCGCUGUCAAGAACUACGCGUUAAUGUGGCACGGACGAUGUAAGCGACUUAACUUACCUACUUAAAUAUAACUUAACUAAAUGAAAAUGGUGUUUUAAGUGUUGAAGGAAUAUAUUAUUGGAUAAUAAGUGUUGGAAUGUGCGCAAUAAGAAAAAAAAAAAAGCAGUGUUUAUUAUAAAAAAAAUUUAAUAAAAUUUGCAAAUAAAAAUUGUUGUUUUCAGUGCAAAAAAAAAAUAUUUUUUAAAACAACUAUACCUGCAUAGAAGCAUAAGUUGUGUACCUUCCGACGCAUCCUUAAGUGCAGCGACAAAUGUGUGUAACAACAACAACAACAAGAAAUAAGCCUAAUGAACUCGUGCGCUCAUUUAGCCCUUCGCCGCAGCUGCUAAAUUCGCUUUAAAAGGUCACACACACACACACCUAAAUGUAUAAUUCUAAAUAUUUGUAUGUGUUGCGCGUCGUCUCCGAAUCGCUCAAGUACGCAAGUGAGUGUGUAGCGCAUGCGCGAGUUCAAAACUCAGCAAGUAACUAAACUACCUUCCAGCAAAACAAAUAAAAUAUAUUUUUGUAUAUAUAAAUACUCACAUUUCUUUGUACAUAGGUCGAUAACAUAUAAACGCCUGCAAAGGUAUUGCAAUAAGAAAAUUAGGGAGCCCUUGCCAGCUGGAGGGAAGUAGUGAUAAUAGUGGCAGCUGCUACUUCAAAAACGAAAAAUAAUUUUAUAAAUGUGUGCGUGUGUUUAAAAGUGCAUAACAACAAACAUAUUUACAUACUUACUCCUAUGCAUGGUUGCUUGGGCACGGCAGCUGCAUGCAAGGAAAUUGGAUUUGUUGCUAAAAAUAACUUACGCUAUAACUGGAAUACGAGCUGCACCUACAUAUGAAGUGCACGAAAAAAAAAAAUUAUAAGUGUGGUGAGCAAAUAUGAGCACUUAUUUAUUUAAAAAUAUGCUUGUAAUAAACUAAAUUCAUAAAUUUGCUUAUCAGAUUGCGUUACUUUUGUGAAGUUCUGUAAAAAUAUUUGUAUAAUAAUACUAACGGUAAAGAGAAGUGUUAUAAAUAAUUUAAAAAAUAUUUUUAUGUGAUAUACCGUUAAAAAUAGAAAUGCCUAAACAUCUAUCUAAAGCCAAAUUAUUAUCAUUAUUAUAAAUUUUUAAAUAGUGUAAACUAAAAAAAUACCUUCAAAAAUUUAAAAAAAAAAAUAAAUAAAAAAACAAGCAAAAAUCAUAAUUUUAAUAAUUCUACACAACAACUAGUCCGCAAUGGCCCACUGUCUACAAGGAGCACAACAAUUGCGCAAGGCAACUGCCUGCGCUGUCGCCUCGAACCGUAAAAGCUAUGGCCUUUACAUAAUUAUCAUCACAUUGACAAUGCAUUUGGUCGCACUGCAAGUGGCCACCGCAUUGCCGGAGUAUGCACACGCCGCGCAUCAGCGACAUCAUCGUCAUCAGCAGCAUGCCACUGCAACCGCCGCAAAUUCCACUGUCGCGAGCAGCGGUGGCAAUAGCGGCACGAGCACCAGCUCCAGCGACACAAGCAGUGCCGGCAAUGUGUCGUCAUUGGGCAUACAUCACACCAAUUGGCGUCGCAUCGAAAUGAUGGAUGCCAAUGGCCUGUACUGGCUGGAGUGGUGGCUGAAAGGCACCAACUCGAAGGAGAUACACUUUCGCGCCACUGUCAAUACGCGCGGCUUCAUCGGACUCGGUUUUGCGCGGAAGAAUCCUCGUAUGGCUAAUGCUGAUUUGGUGUUGCUGUGGGUCGACGAUCGCACAGGCAAAGCAAAUGCGCUGGACUGUCAUGGCUCAGCGAAGCAUCCCAACGCAGCACCGAUUCAAGAUGACACACAGAACUACAAUGUCAUUGAUGGUGGACAAAAUGGAACACACACCUGGGUGGAGUUCUCACGUAAAUUGGAAACUUGUGAUCCUUACGAUUUGCCAUUGGGGGUUGACACCGUCAAAGUACUUUGGACUUUCGGCGAAACAGAUCCCAUCUAUGGCGACUUAAAGGGGCAUGGCAAGAAUCGCGGUUACAAAUCACUGAAUUUACUCGGACCAAUGUUUCGCAAGGAAGUCAACUCUGACACACACAAAUGGGAUGUUACAGUACAGAAUGUCACAAUUGAGCCCAGCAUGGACACUUUAUACUGGUGUAAGAUAAUACGUGCGCCCACGCUAAGUGAGAAGCAUCACAUAAUUGGUUAUGAAGCAUUGCUAUCACGUGAGAGCAACACCAAUCAACCGCUUGUACACCACAUGACACUCUUUGAAUGUACAACCAAAUCAUAUCCCGGCUCAGAUCCACACUCCUGGGAGGUGUGGGUGAAGAGUAGCGGCGCGGUAUGCAACAGUAAUUUAUUGACGCCACACGAUUGGGACUCCUGCAUAACACCGGUGGCUGUUUGGUCUAUUGGCUCGACAGGACAAUUUCUGCCACAGCACGUGGGCAUACCGGUGGGCGGAAAACAAGGCGCUAAAUAUUAUAUGCUCGAAAUACACUACGACAAUCCACACGCACAUCAAAUGGUCGAUCACUCGGGCUUCCGCAUACAUUACAGCAGUCGUUUGCGGCCCAACGAUGCUGGCAUUAUGAUUUCCGGUGUCUCAGUUUCGGACACACAGCUAAUACCGCCCGGACAGAAGCUGUACCGCAAUAUAGGCAUCUGUGGACCGUCCUGUUCGAAUGUGAUGUUCCCCGCAGACGGCAUUAAAAUCAUAUCCGGCACACUGCACUCUCAUCACGCUGGCCGCAAAAUGACACUGCGUCACGUGCGCGACGGCAAGGAGCUGGAACGCAUUAUCGAAGAUGAUAAUUAUGAUUACAACUUUCAGCAGGUGCGUCAGCUGGAGCAAGAAGUCGUUGUGCUGCCAGGCGAUUACAUUAUUACCGAUUGCGCCUAUGAGACAUUGAAUCGCAAACAUCCGACCUUCGGUGGUUACUCAACCAAACAGGAGAUGUGUCUGUCCUUUAUCACCUACUAUCCACGCAUCGAGUUGGCUGGCUGCUAUAGCAUGACGCCAGUGCGUGAAUUUUUCGAAACAUUUGGCGUUUAUCAAUUUUACUCGCUAAACAUGACCGAUGUGGAGAAUUUAUUCCUUUAUAACGGCAAUGUUUUAGACUAUAUACCGAAUACGAUUUAUGCCAAAACGAAAAAGAAUCGCGUGAAUAUGACGGAUGAAGAGCGUCUCUAUGAAGAAUCAUUGUUAAACAAACUAAUCAUCUCGGAUCCAGUCGAGUUCCAUGAUCGCACAUUUUUAUCACAUCUAAAGCAGUUGCCUUGGUCUGAGCCGCUUUUUACGAAGCGUGUCGAACAGACCAUGAUCACUGGCAAGCAUAUGACAUUCUGCCGGGUAUCCAAUGAGUCGGUGUCAAUACCCUCUGAGAUUAUACGUUAUCCCGAAUUCACAACUUUCGUAAAGGAGCCCAGCAUUUGUCCAUUCCAAAUGCUAAUGGAUAGUGCGCCACUCAAUAAGGCAACAGCGAUAGCGUUACAAACCGCAACCGUAGCACUCUGGACUGUGGCAUCGAUGUUACUUAACAGCUAUUUAUGAUGCAUUCAUACUAAUUUAAUAAUUUAUAUGAAAAUAUAUAGUAUUAUUUAGUAUACCGUUAUGUUAAAACUUAAAAAUAAUUAUAUUUAUUUAUUUAUUUUAAUUUAACUUUAUAUAUGCUAUAAGUAAAAAAUGAGUAUAAUUAAAAAAAAAAAAAAAUUUAAAACUAAUUAUUAAUAUCUUAUAUAUAUACAAUAAGGCUCGUAUUUAACUAAUAAGUAAUAAAUUAUGCUUAAAAUCAUUAUUAUAAAAUUAUUUACUUUUUAUAUUUAACUUAUAUGAAAUCAUUCUGCAGCCCAACUUGUAACAAGUAGUCAUAUUUUCUAAGGAAAAAUGUAAGUCUUUAAAACAAGAGUAAUAGUCAUACAUUAGUCUACAGUACUUAAGAAAAAUACACAUUAAACUUACUCAUAGCUUAAUUAAACUUAAUUAAAGACAUUAAUUAAUUACAUACUAUUUACAAAUAUAAUGUCGAAAUUAGCAUUAGAAAUCUCAAUCCAAAGAAUUAGUAUUAAAAGUUCUGUAGCAACUAUGUAUAUAUGAAACAUAAUGACAGUACUUUAAGGAAUCAAACAAUAAAAUAUAAGUUUAAA